AUGGAUGUAAAAGGUGCUUUUGACGCAGUGCUACCAGGAAGACUAGUGAAUCGCCUUCGGGAACAAGGAUGGCCAAACAACCUGAUUAGAUGGGUUCAGUCCUUCGCCACUAAUCGAUCCAUCAAGAUCCGACUAGACGGCGAGACUGGCCCGGAAACAAAGCUAGAAUGCGGUCUUCCUCAAGGUUCACCGAUCUCCCCGAUCCUGUUCAUGCUCUACAUUGCGCCUCUCUUCUGGAUGGGCAAACCACAGAGCAGAUUCGGAUAUGCAGACGAUAUCGCGAUACUAACGAUAUCAAACUCACUACAGACAAAUUGCGAUUCUCUAAAAAUGGAUAUGCAAGAAACUCUCGAAUGGGGAAAAACCGAAGGUAUCAUUUUUGACCCCAAGAAAUCUGAGCUUAUACACUUCUAUAAAGGACACCGAACACUAACAGAUACCCCUGCAAUACACACCGGAUCUAUGAAUAUAGAAGUCAAACCUAGCCCGCUCAAAUAG